UAUGACGUAAGGAUGGAGAAAUGCCGCAAGCAUUAAUAUUGUUGACUCUUUGUGGAGUCUCGGGAAGGGAGCGAUUCAUUCUUACACUUCGAGCUGUGAAGUUUUAUUACAAUAUCUGCAAAGUGUGACGUAACAAGCUCGGCACUGGAGGGAGUUUGCGUGCCGCACACUGUGUGGUGUUCCGUGGUGCCUGGCCGAUGUUCGCGGCCGUUCGCGGCAAUCGUACUGCUCCCCAUCCGAAGAGGGCGUUGAGGGGCGGGGUAGGGUUAUGUAGUGAGUUACGCGUGUGUGUGCGAAGAAGAUUAGUUGAGAAUGGAACUACUAUCAAUCAACUGUGCAGUCCCCAGUACCUCCUGUCAAUUGCAGCAGUCUAUGCGGGUGAAUGCUAUUGUAAAGCAUUUAUAGACGAAUAUUGAACUUCAGAUGAUUAAAUAUUGUAACUUUUUGAUACGUCAUCUUAGGAUGAAACAGGGCAGCAAUGGCAAAAAUACCUUAGCCAUAUAGUUCUUACUAAGAAACCAAUUAAUAAAAUGACAUCUGGACUUCGUCACAUUGCUACAGAACCUGCAAAUUUAAAUAAUAGGUAUUUCAACAUGGAUAAAAAACGCAGCCCUCAGUUUCGCAAUAAGAUGAAAUCAGUUACUGGAAUGGGAUCUGAUUCGGAGGGCAGCAUAGAGACGAAUAGCCUGUCAGCAGAAUCAACUAAUGAGGUAAUAAUAGCGAAAACUCCUCCAAAGGAAAAUAUAAUUGUUGCUAAUAAAAGGAAAGCUCGCCGAGGCUCUGAGUGGGAAAUAUUAGAAGGAUUGAAAGAUGGCCAAAGGUUUGAUAAGAAACCAGAAGUACUGACAGGGUAUUUGCAUAAAAAGAGGAAAUGGCCUUUGAAAGGCUGGCACAAGAGGUAUUUUGUUGUGGACAAAGGAAUUUUGGUGUAUGCUAAGGGCCCUGGGGAUAUAGCUAGAGGAAAGGUUCAUGGAUCUGUAGAUAUUGGCCUUUCAGUAAUUUCCACAAAAGCAAAAAGACGUCGAUUGGAUAUCGAUGCUGAAGAGUUCAUUUAUCACCUUAAGGCAAAAACCCAUGAGACAUUUAUGCGCUGGGUGGAACAAUUGAAGCAACAUCGACUGUACCGACAACAUUUGCUGACGUAUGGGACCCGUGAAGUUCCUGCCAUUCGAGCCACAGAUGAUGGCAGUCCUACUUCACAUAACGCUAAGAUUCCUUUGACACCUCCUGAGUUGGUUCAGGAUGGCUCUCUGCCACGUGGGGUGAAGCCAUGCUCCCCUCCGCUGGUGGGAGUGGUGGCUGGGGGCAGACUUUCUGCAUGGGUGCUGGAAUCUCUGGCACCAUUGGAUGCAUUGCAGAAGGAACUAGGGCAGGCUGCUCAAAAUGUUGCUCAGCUUGCUCGCAUACUGGAGCAGAUUGAAAACAUCCCAAGUAUUGAUGUUGAGACUAGUUCAUUGGCUGUUACUCUGGCCUCUCAACCUAUUCCUAUUGGAAUAGGAGCCGGUGGUCUCAGUAGCAGUAAUACAUCUUUGGCAUCAGCUAAUUUAGUUGCACGGCCACAAUCAUUGCCUGGUGGUGGUGAGCAUCUCCUGCCUCUUGCAUCUGCAGCAGCAACUGCAGUAACAAUAACUGCAACUGGUGAAAGUGGUCGCCCCAAUUCCAGUUGUACACCAGAUAACCAGCUGAGGGAUGAUUUUGUCAUCUUAGCAAAAGACAUUCACAGCAGUUUGAAAUCUGCUCUCUACACGUUAUGUACGGAACGAGAUCGUCUGAAGACUGCCUUGGAAUCUGAGGGUAACGCUGCAUCUGGAGCAUCUGUGUUGGGUGGAGGUGCAGGUGUUGUGACAGCUCUGCGAAGCCAACUUACCCAGGCUCUAACUCAGAAUGCUGAUCUUCGUACAAGACUGGCUCGUGUACAUGAUAUUGCAGAUUUGAGUGAUAUGUCCUCUGUUGGACCCGCUUCUGAAGUGCUGCAGAAACCUCUCCAUCAAUCCCUGUCGUACAGUUCCUCCUGCAUUAGUGCUUCAGAAUUCUUUGAUGCGGAAGAGUAUGAGGAGCGGGAAGGUGGGGAAGAAGGUCGCAGGGGAAGGGGCCAUGAUGGAAGUGACACCUCCUCUGAGGCAGGCUCUUUGACCAGCGAAGAGGGCAGUGUCAGCAGUGAAAACAGCGAAGUGGGCACAGAGUACACACCAGCACAGAGCAUGGCAGGCGGUGGGGCUGGUGCCGGCAUGAAAUGCAUGACUGGUCGCCGAACGAAGCUCCCUGCACCCAGGCCUGACACUGAGGGGCUUUCGCUCUGGAACCUUCUGUGUAAGAACAUUGGCAAGGACCUUUCCCAAGUGUCCAUGCCUGUAGCCCUCAACGAGCCUCUGAAUAUGUUGCAGCGUAUGUGUGAAGAAUUGGAGUACUCUGAACUCUUGGAUAAGGCUUCAGAACUUGAAGAUUCAUAUGAACGAAUGGUGUAUAUCGCUGCCUUUGCUGUGUCGAGCUAUGGUUCCUCGUAUUUCCGGGCUGGCUCAAAACCAUUCAAUCCUCUUUUAGGUGAAACUUAUGAGUGUAUACGAGAAGACAAGGGAUUUCGAUUCAUUGCGGAACAGGUGAGUCAUCAUCCACCAGUUAGUGUGUGUUAUGCUGAGUCUCGCAACUUUAUCUUCUGGCAAGAUGCUAGAAUAAAAACAAAAUUUUGGGGAAAAUCUAUGGAAUUUCAACCCACAGGGAUGGUUAAUGUAAAAUUACCAAAGACUGGAGAUCAUUACCGAUGGAACAAAGUUACUACUUGUGUGCACAACUUGUUUGGAGGUCAGCGUUGGGUUGAUCAAUACGGAGAACUUCGCAUUACUAAUGGUUCAAUUAAUUGUAAACUCACGUUUGUUAAGGCAAGCUAUUGGUCAGCCAAAAGACAUGAAGUGUUUGGUGUUGUAACUAAUGAAGAUGGUAAAGUGGUGCGCAAUCUUUUUGGAAAGUGGAGUGAGGCCUUAUAUUGUGGAGUGGCUCCAUCUGCUCGUUGUAUAUGGAGGCCAGGUACUAUGCCUGAGGAAUACGAAUUAUAUUAUGGUUUUACACGUUUUGCAAUGGAAUUAAAUGAAUUGGAUCCGGAUAUGGCUAAAUAUCUUCCUAUAACUGACACACGCUUUCGACCAGAUCAAAGGCUUCUGGAAGAAGGUAAUCUGUCAGGAGCUGAGCAGAUGAAGCUGGCCUUAGAGCAGUCUCAGAGAGAUAGACGAAAGCGCAAAGAAUUAGAUGGAAUUUCUCACCAACCCCGGUGGUUCAGCAAAAUGGCACUGCCUUCUGGAGAGGACACUUGGGAAUAUUCACAUGAAUACUGGGAGUGUCGGAAGUCACCUGGUUUUGUCAACAUGAGCUUUGAAGCAUUAUGGUGACUGUUUUCUGUUUGAUAUUGCUUAUAUUUGCUGUUGACCCAUGUUAGUAACGUCAGAACUUAAAUGAUCUUGUCAAGGACAGAUCACUGUUGCUCACAUGCUGCAGCAUGGAGCAAGUAACAUUUUCAUGACUGGCUCUGUGCUUUGUGCUCUAGAAUCAUUGUCUCCUAUUCUAAGUGCAUGUAAUAUUCUGUGCAUACAUGUCUAGUGGUAUUUGCUUCCUGAAGUUUAGUGACAGCUUUUAGUAAGAAAAUAUUUUAUUUAAUAAUUUAAAACUAGGUUCAUGGCACAUUUAUCAGAGGGUAACAUUUCUUAUGAACUCUGUAGCAUGUCUUGUUAACGUUUUACACCGAUUUGUGAACAGAUUUGAGUUUACAUUAUAGUAAGUGAGUUCAGAAUACAAUGAUAAGUUGCCUGUCCUUUUUUUUAUAGCUAUACUUGUUACAUUUUAUAGCUAAUAAUUAUUUAUGUUUAUUUGAUGCAUAAGUUGUGCUGUAAGAAUACAACAAAGUAAUUUUGUUAACAUGGAGGUAAACUUAUGUUAGAUGUUAUAUAAAGUGAAUAUUUUAAACUAUAAUAGAGCAAAGACAAGCCAGCUUAAAAAUGGGCUCUGCUCCAUGCUCUUACCAAUUUUUAUUGCGUCCAUUCUCCUGAAAUCAUUAGUGUGAGGUUCCUGUUGGCAUUGAAAUUGUAUGUUGGUCUCUAUGGUAUAUUUUUAAUUGUUAUGGUACACCUUUUAAUUUAUUAUGUAUUAACUACUUAAUCCCUUUGACAAAGUACAAGAAUGUUGUUAUUUAAAAAGAAAAUGAAGGCAUAUAUAAUUAUUGUAAAACUAUUUGAUAAUCAUGUGAUAUAUGAAAUAAUUUUACUUAUUAUUUACUAGUUGGGACCCAUAUUCCAAGGGGCAUAAUGAUUUUUUUAAGUUUUUUCUUAUUAUGAAGUCUGACAUACUAGAACUUGAGAUAUAUACUUUGUACUUUUUAUUUGAAAAUUUUGUCCAUUAGGGAGUUGAUGAAAAGCAAUAUAGAAAUUGUAUAUAGUCUGUGAUAGCAAUUAAAAAACAAACAAACAACUACACUGUAGUAUUGCUUUCCAUUAAUUUUUGUUGGUGCUUUAACACUGAAGAAUUAAAAAUGAACACUACAGGGACAGUGUAUACUUUAUUUUUUACUUGAUUUCAUAUUAUUCUGUAUUAUAAAUUUCUUGUGUUUGUUUGUAAUUUUCCUACUAAAUAAUGUGGUAUUUCCUAAUUUAAUUUUACUCAUUGCUGGAGAAUUUUUCAGUGUGAAAAAGAUCUUUGUUUGAAAGUGCCCAUUCCAUUAAUUGAGUUAGCCUCAGAAUUUUGUGCAAAUACAGUAUAUUAUUAAGAGGAAAAUACAGGGUUGUGUUAAAAAAUUUUCAAAAAAAUAAUUAUAGGAACUGUAAGAUCAAAAAAAAAAUGAAGCAGUUUCAGGAUUUAUAUUCAUUGCGUAGGUUCAAGAUAAUAACGUAAGUCACUUUCCUUCUAGGCAUCUUGUGCUAUGUAUUUUCGUAUUUACAUAUUUUUGUAGAAAAGUCAUUCCUUCAAAGGAGGGGUUGUUAAUCUUCUGGUAAUAAUAAGGUUAAAUUAUUUGUUUUGUUUCAAAAUAAGAACUGGCAUUUAAUUUAUAACGCUUGGUUAUGUAACAUUAUACUCUUUAUUUUCUGUAACAAAGAUUCUUACAUGUUUUAUUUUUGAAUUCUUUUUUGGUUUAUGUAUCUUUUGUGUUAUCUUUUUCCUUGUGUGUCUUGAUUUCCUUUAUUGUAGGUACACCCAAAUUGGUAUUUAUAAUUUUUAAUUGUGAAAGAACAUGCUUUAUCAGUUAAUUUAUGAUUAAUUAUUUUUUCAAUGUAACAUUUUAUUUUCAUUUACUUCAGAGAUGGUGUAGCACACAUAAUUAUUGUGUAUGUAAAUAAUAGACAAAUAUGUGUCAGAGGUGAUUGAAGGCAGUAAAUUAGCAAUCCCAGAAAUUUAAUGUAUGUUAUUCUUACUUAUGGAUAUAAUCACUUCCCUUUUCUUUAUUACUACUUUCUUAAUGUUCUUAAUAGUUUAUGAAAAUAUUUUCUGUUCUACUACUUUUUUCCACCUUCCAAUCCACAUACCAUAUUAGAGGUUUGUACUUUGUGCUUAGUUAUUUGAGCAAAAUGAAUUUAAGAGAAAGGUUUUGAAUGGUUCCAUUUAUUUAUGCCACUUGUUUUUUUGGCCAAGAUUUAUUGAAUUUUUGUCAAUUUUUAAAUUUUUUCAUGGUUUUGUCAGUUUAUUAAUUUUUUAUCAUAUUUUGGUUUUGUUUAAGUGAGUGAGGCUAGAAAUCAUGUUGAAUUUAGAGAAUGAACUUGUAAAUUCAUUCUCCAGUAAAUCGCAUGUUUUUGUACUUAGUUACAUUUUCCAUAUCUUUUUAUGGAGUUAAAACUAAUUCUUAUAAUUGCAAUAAUUAGAAACGAUAAAUUGUUAUCUUCAAUAAAUUAUACUUCUCACAGUCCGUAUAUAGUACUUUUUAUGAUAAAGUUUAUAAUCUUGUUUAAAAUUUGCCUACAAUUUAUCUAAAGGGCUAAUUUGAAUUUCAUGUAAUUUAUAAUUAUUGUUGUUAACUGGUUGUGCCUAUUAAAAUUAUUAGGAACUUUUAUUUAUAUCCAAUUCUGAAUGUUUUAUGCAAAGAAGAGAAAUGUGAAGUGAUGAAUUUCACUUGGUAGUCAAUAUGUCAUAUCCACCCUGGGCACUUUUUGUCAUGCGUGUAAACAUUUUUAUGACAAUUUCAGAAGAGAUAUUAAAAAUUUCUUCAAUAGUCUUCCUUUUCUUGCAUAUGCAAAGAAUAAUCAACCAAAGAAAUCAUGUUAAUAUUUGCCACAAAAUUUGUUUUUUCAAAAUAAAUUAAUAAUUAAAUGGUUAUGUGUGGUAGUUCCAUGUUGUAGAAGAGUUAAGAAUGUUUAGACAUGUCUUGUUUCAGUUUUGUAGUGUAUGUCCUCGCACUGAAUUGUUGAUUCAUACAAUAUUGAUGUUUAACAUUAGAAUGUGUGCAUACCUCCUAAUUUGAAAUUUUGCAGCAGAGUACACCAAAUUAUUAUCUAUGUGUGUCUUUAGUGCUAGUUUGUGGUAUCGUAACCGCUUUCAAGAGAUGUGAUGCUUUAUUUUCCAAGGCUAGUAGGACACUGCAGUGCUGCUGCUGACUAUUGAUGCUAUAUUUAUCAACACAGAAUAUUUGCAGUAAAUGUUUGUCUUGUUCAUGGUCAUGUAAAUACUGUAUUAUUUGCAAAGGACUGUUUGCUUCUUAUUUUGUAUAGAUGUUUGCAAACAGAGCCAAGGCUGUGCCCAAAUGUUGAAGAGUACAGUGUUUUUAUGGAAUUACGUGUUUGCAUGUUACAUUUGUACCAUAUGAAUAAUGUGUUUAAUUCAGUAAAAAUGUAAUCACACCGAUUUACCAUUGCUCGUAAAACAAAAAUUUACUAUUUGAGAAGUGAAAUAAUGUUGCAAAAUUUUUGUGUAAUGUUAAAUGCAGGGCACAUAAGCAACUUUAUAUUUGUUUGUGUUUGUUCAAUACAGAUUUUCUGCUGCAUUUUAAGAAAAUACAUAAACAUGAUAUACAACAUCCAAAAAAUGUGUACUGUAGUAAAAAAUGGUGCUAAUGCCUCCAAGAUGAGCUUUCUUUAGAACAUUGGUGGACAAUUUCAUGCUAGUAUCUAAAAUAUAUUAAUAAAAAUCAUAUUAAUUUAUUGAAAUGUUAAUGUUUAGGAGAACUUUUGGUGUGCUGAAAUUAAAUGCAUACAUUUUGUAUGACUUCAGAUUAUGCUUAUUGACUCUUCUAAUACAAAAUUGUUUCAUGAAGUGUAUAGUUUGAAUGAUUGUUUUAUCAAGUUUUAUUUCAUUUAGAGAAGAAAGUCUGGUGAGCACCACUUGGUAGUUUUUAAUAUUUUUUAUUGCAACUCCAGUUUAGUUUUGACAAGUUUGAAUAUCAAUAGAAAGUACAUUCAUUGGGCUACCUUACGGUUUUUUAAAUUUUUUAUUAGUGAACGAUUUAUUUUUACAACCCCACUUGUAGGGUUAAUUGGCUGAGAUAGGUUGGCAUUAACGUGGGAUAGGUUGUCACACUACUUCCGUGAGUUUGUGGAGGGAAUAAAUCAAUGUCAAAAUAAAUUAUUUUUCGAUGUUUUAGUGUGUACAAGAAAAUAAAAUCAAUAAACUACAUAAACAUUGCUCUUCAAGCUCUAAAACAUAUUUGAGAUCACGGUUCUGCCACUGCUGCACUGAUCAUAAUGAGGCUUCUGUUCAUUAGAUCUUGUAGGACAUGUGACACAAAGCUUGAGCUUGUGGAAGAUAUGUAGGAACCCUGAGUACCAACCAGCCCUGGUCUCCCCUAUCUAAAAUUUGUGGUGAAAUGGAAAAGGGAUAUGGAUAAAAGGUGCUUAAAAAUACUUUUGGUAAAUUAGUUUUAAAUAUGAAAUUAGCUUUCUGUGCAAAAAUUGUGUUUUAAUAACUGCUCCAAGAAGAAAGAUAGUUAAUAAUGAGUUGGUGAAAGAACUGAUUGAAAUAUUGAUUUGUUAAAAGGAAGAGAAUAAAAGCUGCAGUUAUAGCAUGUUUCCACUGGGAAAAAAUAACAAAAAUUUGUUGUACCAUAAAAUGUUAUCUACUUCAAGAGCUCUACAACAAUCCAGAACAAAUAUGGAAGUACAGUUAAAAGGGCGUAUUUAAAAAAGUAAAAGUAAUUUCAAACAGUUACUAAAAAAUUUUUUAUAAUUGUUGAGCCAAAUUAUACGAAAUGUUUUGUUUCUGCAAUUUGACAUGACUGGCAUACACAGGUUAGUGUGCUGUUGGCAUUAGAAGAUUAUUUCUUUGGUUAAUUGAAGUCAUUGUAUAUUUAUUUGUUUACUUCAAAACAAUUGGAAAUGUGUGAGAUUAAAACAUGUCUGUGGAUUAUGAGGGGGAGAGAUUAAUUUGAAAUGUGUGGAAACUAUUAAAAACAGUCAAAACAAUUUUUUCAUUAGAGAAUAAUCAAUUAAAAUAUUAAGCAUAAUCGCUAGUUGAACCAUCUCUACUGAUGUAAUUGUUUUUUCUGGCAUGACUUUGUUCACAAUUUUGUAAUUUGAGGCUUUUCUUGAGUGCAUUCAUAGAUUCAGUAGACAUUACUGUUUUCUUUAACUUGUUUUUUGCCAGUGAUUCUGCUGUGAUGUUUUAGUUUAUCUGAGUCUAUUAAGUUAUGCCCAGUGCUUGAUUUAUAAAAUUUUAGGUUCCGGAACACACCAUAAAUUAAUGAUUACUUCAAC